AUGGCUGACUCGAAGUUUCUCAGCACUGAAGACACCUUGAAAUAUUCAUCGCGACAGGCCUCCGAUAAACGUUCAGGAUUAAUUUCCAAGGAUUCUGAAUCUUCUGGUAUUGCGUCUUUGAACACAAGAAAGCCAAAGCUACCGCUUGGAUGGAGGAUAGCGAUCCUGACGCUAACGUGUUUGGCAAGCUUCGGAAAUCAUUGGUCGAACGGUUUGAUUGUUGCUUUGAAGACGACUAUCAUCAAGGAAGUCCAUAUCAACAACUCCCAGUUUGCUACUCUAGUUGCCUGCACUAAUCUGGUUAAUACAUUUCUAUGCAUCGGCCUCGGGUUCUGUAUCGACACAUGGGGUGGGCCUCUAUUCUCUGUCAUCAUGGCUUUGUUCCACUUGAGCGGAAGCAUUGUCAUGGCGGGAAGUGCAACGAACAACUUCAACAACUAUCCUGUUCUCAUUGUCGGGAAAGUCCUCGCUGCCAUUGGUGAUGGCUCACUGGAUAACGCUCAACACCGUAUCUUCUCAACGUAUUUUGCUCGAGGAGGGGGUUUUGCAUUUUCGAUCGGAGCUAUCUGGGGAGUGGCUAACCUUGCUCAAUUCACAGGACAGUCCACCGCCAACAUUAUUGCGACCAACCUCGGAACGUACGCCUGGGCGCUAUGGAUUUCCGCCAUCAUCGCGCUGUUCUCCGUUAUUUGCGCGGUCGCAGUAUACGUAUUGGACAAGUGGCUGGUUGUCAAAUACGAGGUGACUGAUCAUACGGAUGGUGCUACAAUGAAAGGUCAUCUUCGUCGUGGUGUGUUCAGUUUGAAAGCGGUAAGGCAGUUGCCGGUUACUUUUUGGAUCGUGGUUCUAUUCUCUGUCUUCGAAAAUGCUGGUGUGCAGUCCUUCGUGUCUAUCUCGACCCAAUUCGCACAACAACGGCUGAAAAAGGGUGCAGUCAUCGGUGGAUGGGUGUCGAGCUUCUACUUGCUCCUUCCUGCAUGCUUAACACCAGUCCUUGGGAUUGUCAUUGAUCUUUAUGGACAGCGGGUUUCAUUUUUGUUUGUAUCGGCGCUGAUGUUCCUUAUCUCAAUGUUACUGCUCAAGUUUUCUCAUUCGGUCCCGACAUUCAUCGCCGCGUAUGUCUUUUACGCCUUAGCUCAGUGUGUAACACCUGCACCCCAAGUCGAAAUCAUUCGGAGUAUCAUUGCGGAUCCUCAAUGGUUUGCUACUGCUUUUGCUAUCAAGAAAUCCGUCGUGCAAGCCUCUAUCGUGAUUAUCACCACCGCGGCAGGGAAACUUCAAGAUGAUACAGCUAAUGAUUCUCUGGACCCAGCAGUCACUCUUUGGCUUGUUUAUGCAUUCGUUUGUACUGCAGUCUCUGGUGCACUAUGGGUAGUGGCGAAUUGGUUCCCGACACCACUGCCCGCGGCAAGAUUGAGCCAGGUGAAGCCUUCAAGGAUGCAGGAAGAGGUCAAAAUGCUUUUGGCUAGAAGAGCUCAUACUUCAUCUGUCGGAUCCGACAUCGAUAUUGCAAGGGUAGACGAGGGAGAGAAGGAAGAUGGUGCUGACGAUGAUGGAGAGUUCGAAGAGAAGAAGCUCCUGUCUGAUGAAAAGGCACUGAAGAAGGCUAAACCAGGCAUGGACGGAAUGCGGUGGAUCUUCCUUGUUGCUUCAGCAGGCAUCAUUGCGAUUGGAUGGAUCAUGUUCGGAUUGGGUGUUGAGUGGGGCGUUCAUGGAAGUGUUAUCGCAGGAACCACUGGUGAAUGA